CCGGACAGUCUCCGUCUCGGCACAUCCAAAAUCAACUACGUCAUAAUGUUUGUUGAAAAUGAUUGGAUAAGGUUCUCUUUUUUUUGCAAGCCCAAAAGAUUUUUUUCUUCCUUUCCCUUUUUCCAAAAGAACACAAAUAGGGUUUUUUCUCUUCAUAAACCUUUCUUCUUUCUUUCCUGCAAAAGACAGCAAUUCUUUAUCUUUUAUAUUUACUAGUUGAUAACAAACAAUAUUUUUUUUCCGCUUUUUAUUUCAAGUACCUUAAAUAAUGGAAAACACGCCUAUGAAAAGCGAAGGAACACCCACUGUGACUUCCAACAAUGAGACUGCCACCUCUUCAACGGAAAACAACAGCAGUACUAUGGCUGUGACUAGUAGUAAUGGUAACAAUACUAGUCAAUCUCCCGCAUUCCAUUCCUUAGAGCAGCUUCAUGAAGCGGUGCUAGCAGCUGUGAAUAGUCAUAACAUGCCGCCUGGAUUCAUUGCUGCUGCUGCUGCUGCCGCCGCUGCUGCUGCAAAUGCUAGUGAUCCUCAACAACAACAACAACAACAACAGAGAUAUGAUUUAAACCAACAGCAGCAGCUUGAACAACAGCAGGAUCCUAAUACUAGGCCCAGGAAACAACAACGUACACACCAGCCACUAAGCGAAAUGGAUAUUGCAAAAAAGGAAAGUAUACGUGCUUCAAACAGAGAACGAAAGAAAAAAUGGCGAAUUCAUAAUGAAGAAAGAAACAAAGACAAUGAUUUACGAUGCCGUGUGAACAAACGGGCAAAUAAAUUGUAUGGUUUAGCAGAUAGCGAAGAAAAACAACGAUGGAUUAAAGAAGAAUUUGAAAAACGUCGUUUGAAGCUGUUCCCUCACCUACUAGUACAGGAUCACCAGCGACAACAACUAAUGAUAUGCUCCCUGGUGCAGCACCCCAGCUGUCUGCAUAUUAUUCUCCUUUACCCCAAAUCGAUAACGCUACAGCUUCAAAACUCUUGGAUUUCCCUGCUGACUUACAGCGUCAACUGCUGGAGCAACUGAAUAAUAGUAUGCUGGCACUUACAAAUGGCAUUCAGAGUAGCAAUACAGCUCAACCAGAAUCAAACGACAACAAUAAUAAUGAUAACGAUAAUAGCAGCAAUGAUACGAAUGAAAACAAGCCUGCAUCAGUAGGCUCUGGUAGCCCUGCUGAAUCCAAUGAAGUGACAUCAAACACAGAGAAAGAACAUAAAAUGGAAUCUAGUACAGAGUUAUCACAGAUAAAGGAUGAAUCAGCUGAGGGCGCCUCUAAAUCAGAGAAUGCUUUAGCUGCUCCGU